CUGCCUCUACUCGGUACACCUUUUCCAAUCUCUGUUCCGCUCUGCAAUAAAAAACCCUAGGCUUUCUUUCCACAGUGGAAGGCAUCGUCUCGACCCAUGACCCAAUAUCCAGAAAUGAGUGCGUUCAAUUCAUUUGAGCUUCUUGAUCAUUACUUCCACUACCUGUGCCGAAAGGCCGGCUUUACUAGUCCGAGAUUCUCCUGCUUGGAACCAGCGGAAGACUAUCUUGAUUUCGAAUUCGAUAUUUUACACCCUAGCUUCAUUCCUGUCGAUCGCGGCCGUUCAUAUUGCCUUCACCCUCAUUAUCAUCAUCAUCAAUAUCAUCCUUUUCGCUUGUUACUGCCAAAUGUGGACUUCUUUGAUGCAGCCUCGGAUCUUAUCUUUCAUAACCGAGCUGAGGCAGAGCUUUGCGUCCGGGGCCUCGGCGAUCGGCUUGCCAUGCUCGAGCUUGGGUUUGAUCGGGACAUUGGCCCCCAAGAGAGCAAAUGGAAAUGGACUGCUGAGAUCAAGGGAAAUAAGCGGGAAGGAUUCGAUCAAAAAUACAAGUGCACAGCGGAGACGAAGGGAGCUUUUACGAAUAGCGCGAGAAGAACGAUAGAGUCCCGUGGAAAGGUAAAGUAUACGUUCGAUGCUGCUUCGGCGUCAGCGCAAGAUGUUUGGGAGAGGGCUAAGAAAGAAAAGAAAGUAAAAAAGGCUGUGGCACGCCCCGUGGAGAUCGAUGAUGGAGCCGAUCAGCAAAUUGUUUCUAAAAGACAGGCUUUAGCCAAGAGAACUGUACACGGAAGUAAGGGUAAGAAAAAAGAACUAUCACCACAAGAUGCAGCAAUGGCAAUUCAGAAGACAUUCAGAGAUCAUAUGUCAAGACGCUCGCAAGCUCUUCAUUCUCUUAGGGAUCUGGCAGUGGCUAAGUCCAAGCUGAAGGAGAUUAGAGCCUUGUUCUCAAAUUUUUCUUAUCGUCAUCGGAUAUUAAAAGAUGCAGAAGAACGGCAACGCUUCUCUGAGAAAAUUAUCAUACUUCUAGUCACUGUUGAUGCCAUAGAGGGUCAAGAUCUUAUGGUGCGCUCAGCUAAGAGGUCAAUGACCCGCGAGCUGGAAGCCAUGCUUGCGGUGGUGGAUCCACAGCCAUACCGGGAAUCGGGAUCGAGGCGGCGAAAGUUCGAUCUGCCGGUCGGCCCCUUCUCAACUGAGUUGUCUUCUGGUGUGGCUGAUGUCGUCCGCAUGCUCGAUCAAGAAGACGGUGGCAGCGCCAUCCUCCCUGACUUUUCACUCUAAUCUCACUUCAUCACCAGUAUCCUAUUUUCUUCACUCCAUUCUAAUUAGAUUGCUGAGGAUGACUUCGUGUUCUCAUUUACAAAAAAAUAUUAAAACUGCUUGGAUGCUAUCUAGUAGCCUCAAAAUUCGUGUUUCGUAUAGUGGAAGGUUGUAAUGCAGCUCUACAUAUGGAUAUCUAGGGGCGGAAUCAACCUUAAUUUUCAGGGGUAACUUUAUAAGUA